AUGCUUAAAUAUCAAGUCAGGACUAGCAGUAGCAACAGACCCUCUGCAUACGGUAGUCCGUCGUCGUCUACUCAUGAUACUACAUUAACUAGCCGAAGUAACUCAUUGGCAUCAUUGAACUCAGUAGAUAGUGCGAAUUCCGAUGGAGACUGGGGAACUCUUCGUGUUUAUACAAGCAACGUGAAGGCAUGUACAGACUACAAAACAAUCCGUGUCUCCACUCAUUGUACUACCCGUUCCGUCAUCGAUACCGUACUCAGCAAAUUCAAGAUUUCGUGCCGGGAUACGAAUCUCUUCGAAUUGUGGAUGGAGGUGACGACCAAGGCCGAUGGUAAACCAGUGCGAACAAUCCUUAGAUUGGAUCACGAAGCAAGGCCACUUGAACUGCAAAGAUGUCAUCCAGCAAAUAUGUCACGGUUUAUGCUCCACAUGAUGUCUGAAGGUACUCUGGUACGAGUUCACGACCACAACAUUUCGCCACAGUCUAACUACAAAUCAUUGCUAUUGGCUGAGGAGACGUCGUGCCGUGAAGCGAUCGCCAUUGUGCUGAGUAUGAACAGGAAAGAACCUGAGGGUGACUACGCACUCUUUUUGACGGCACCCGAAGGCGAAGCACAGAUUCCAUCUGAGGUCUCGUUGGUGUCAAUUGCGGUGAUGUGUCAGCCCUAUCACAAAAUCGUUAUACGACAAGUGGAUUCGCUGUAG